CGCACCUCGGGUCCACGUGAUUUCCCGGCAGCGGCCUCCGGCUCCCGGCACUGCCCCGCAGCUCUCCGCGCUGGCUUUCAGUUUCGUGCGCAGCGCGCUGGGGAAGGAGCGCAACCGCAGCCUGCCCUAUGGAAACAACCUGAAAAUCACCUCAUAGCACAAGACUUGGCCCAGGUACUCAUGAGACCAUCUCUGCGGACACCCUCGAACAUCUAGGAUGAACCGGGAAGCCAAGGAUGGUUACCCUUAAAGAGCUUGAUGCUGUACCCCGAGGGGAUCGAGCACUAAUGGUAGAGAUAAAGGCGUUGUGUCAGACCGGCAGGAGGACACAUUUGAAGAUGAAAGGACUUCCACAGAAAUGAUACCGUCCAGGCGCACCUCACUUCUGCCUGACGCCUUGUUGUCCUGGCUGAUUUCUUUAUGGACAUCAUGGACUUUGAACACUGUAGCCCGGAAAAGAAGCUGCACCCUGGGCCAUAACCACAUCCUCUUACCAAGAUCACACAAAGUCCGGGGACUUGUCUGGUGCCAUCUAGGGCUCCAAAGCCUCAGAAAUGUACAGACCUGACAGGCGAUAAAUCUCAAUUCUGAGCCUGGCUCUGUCAUGGACUUUCAGUAUGACUUUGGGUACAUCCUUUCCCCUUCUUGGCCUCAGUCUUCCGGUCUGUUCAGUGGGGAUGGUGAUCCCUGCCUGCCCCAUGGAUGUGAGCAUGUUUCAUGAAUUCUGAAGCUCUGUGUCUGAGAGAGGAUCUAUUGCCAUCAGUCCAGUUGCCAAGGGCCAGCUCCUCAUGGACCCCGUUAGCCUCCAGCUGGGCACCAAGAACCUGUGGAGCUUGCUUGUGAGGCUGCUCAGCAAAGACCCACAAUGGCUAAAUGCCAAGGUGAAGUUCUUCCUCCCCAAGAUGGACCUGAGCUCCAGGAACAAGGCCGAGGAUGCCACGCAGGGUGUCAUGCUACAGCUCAACAGACUGUACACUCAAGGUCAGGCCACUUGGCAGGCGUUCAUCCACUGUGUGUGCAUGGAACUUGACGUGCCGCUGGACCUGGAGGUGCCACUGCUGAGCACUUGGGGCCAUGGAGACGGGUUCCCCAGCCAGCUGGAAACUGGUGAAGAAAGCCAACCUGAAUCUCAGCUCCACCACGGCCUCAAGCGGCCUCAUCAGAGCUGUGGGUCCUCACCCCGCCCGAAGCAGUGUAGGAAGCAGCAGCUAGAGCUGGCCAAGAGGUACCUGCAGCUGCUGAGGAGUUCUGCCCAGCAGCGCUAUGGCAGCAGGACGCGCCGGCCAGGGCAACCCCUUGCCUUCCACCAGGCCUAUAUCCCGCCAAUCCUGCAGUGGAGCCGGGCCACAGCACCCUUCAACACUCAGGAGGGGGCCAUCCUGGGGGACCCCAAGGCAGAAGAUGGCACUGAGGCGAGCAUCCUGGACCUCUUCAACACCAAGGCCGACAAGGGCCCGAGGGUGACGGUGCUCCUGGGGAAGGCGGGCAUGGGCAAGACCACACUGGCCCACCGGCUCUGCCAGAAGUGGGCUGACGGCCAGCUGGACCGCUUCCAGGCCCUGUUCCUUUUUGAAUUCCGCCAGCUCAACCUGAUCACAGAGUUCCUGACGCUGCCCCAGCUUCUUUUUGAUCUGUACCUGAGCCCCGAGGCAGGCCCCGACUUGGUCUUCCAGUACCUGGAGAAGAAUGCUAAGGGAGUCCUGCUGAUCUUUGACGGACUGGACCAGGCCCUCUACCCCCAUUCCAGCAAGGACACUGCAGGUCCUGAGGCCCCAAGUCCAGCCCUUGCCCUCUUCUCCGGACUCUGCAAAGGGACCCUCCUGCCUGGCUGCUGGGUAUUGGCCACCUCCCGUCCAGGGAAGCUGCCCGACUGUCUGCCCACAGAGGCGGCCAUGGUCCACAUGUGGGGCUUUGACAGGCCGCGGGUGGAGGAGUACGUGGGCCGCUUCUUCAGUAACCAGCUGUGGCAGGAGGCAGCCCUGGCAGAGCUGAGGGAAAACAGACAUCUCCAGAGCAUGUGCGCGGUGCCCGCGGUAUGCCAAGUCACCUGCCUCUGCCUCUACCAUCUGCUCCCAAGCAGCUGUCCAGGCCAAUCUGCGGCCCUUCUGCCCACCGUGACUCAGAACUAUGUGCAGAUGGUAUCUACCCUCGGCCCCCGUGGGCACCUGCUUCCCGAGUCCCUGCUGGGCCUCAGCGAGGUGGCCCUGAGGGGUCUGGAGACCGGGAAGGUCAUCUUCUCUGUAGGAGACAUCCCUCCCCCCAUGAUGGCCUUUGGGGCUGCCCUCGGCUUGUUGACCUCCUUCUGCAUCUGCACAGGCCCUGGGCACCAGGAGACAGGCUAUGCCUUCACCCACCUCAGCCUGCAGGAGUUUUUUGCCGCCUUGCACCUGAUGGCCAGCCCCGAGGUGGACAAAAAUGCACUUGCCCACUAUGUCACCCUCAGUUCUCGCUGGGUGCUGCGGACCAAAGCCAGACUGGGCCUCUUAGACCACCUCCCCACCUUCCUGGCUGGGCUGGCAUCCCGUGCCUGCUGUCCCUUCCUCAGCCACGUGGCACAGAGGGACGAGGUGUGGGUGGGUGCCAGGCAGGCUGAGGUGAUGCAGGCCUUGAGGAAGUUGGCCACCCGCAGACUCACGGGACCGAAGGUUGUGGCACUCUGUCACUGCGUGGGUGAGACCCAGGAGCCUGAGCUGGCCAGCCUCGUGGCCCAAAGCCUCCCCUGUCACCUGUCCUUCCACAAUUUCCCACUGACCUAUGCUGACCUGGCUUCCCUGAACAACAUCCUGGGGCACAGGAAUGCCCCCAUCCAGCUGGAUUUUGAAGGCUGCCCCCUGGAGCCCCACUGCCCUGAGGCCCUGGCAGGCUGUAAGCAGGUAGAGAAUCUCAGCUUUAAGAGCAGGAAGUGUGGGGACGCCUUUGCAGAAGCCCUCUCCCGGAGCCUGCCGACAAUGGGGAGCCUGAAGAAGCUGGGGUUAGCGGGAAGUAAGAUCACUGCCCAAGGCAUCGGCCGCCUGGUGCAGGCUUUGCCCCUCUGUCCACAGCUGGAAGAGGUCAGUUUUCAGGACAACCAGCUCAAGGAUGGGGUGUUGCUGAACAUUGUGGAGGUGCUUCUUCGUUUGCCACGGCUCCAGAAGCUUGACCUGAGCCGCAACAGUGUCUCCAUGUCAACCUUACUCUGCUUGACAAAGGUAGCAAUCACAAGCCCUGCUGUCAGGAUGCUGCAGGUCAGGGAGGCGGACCUCAUCUUCCUUCUUUCCCCGCCCACGAAGACAGCUGCAGAACUUCAAGGGGCAUCAGACCUACAGGGAAAUGCCAGCCAGAGGAAAGAGGCUCAGAGCAGAAGCCUGGCACUCAGGCUUCAGCAGUGUCAGCUCAGGGUCCAUGACGUGCAGGAACUCAUAGCCCAGCUCCAGGAAGGCCCCCACCUGGACAAAGUGGACCUCUCAGGGAACCAGCUGGACAAUGAAGGCUGUCGGCUGAUGGCAGAGGCUGCAGCCCAGCUGGACAUCACCAGGAAUCUGGACCUCAGCGACAACGGGCUGUCUGUGGAUGGGGUGUAUGGUGUCCUGAGCGCAGUGAGCAUGUGCCAGACCCUCGCAGAGUUACACAUCAGCCUGCUGCACAAAACCGUGGUCCUCACGUUUGCCCCGAAGCAGGAGGAACAGGGAGGGAUCCAGGAGAGGGCUGCACUCCAUGACAGCCUUAUGCGGCAGAUGCCCUGUGAGCUGCCCCCGCACUCCACAAGGAUCAGGCUGACACACUGUGGCUUGCAAGCCAAGCACCUAGCACAGCUCUGCAGGGCACUGGGAGGAAGCUGUCGCCUCAGUCACCUUGACUUCUCAGGCAACGCUCUGGGGGACGAAGGCGCGGCCCAGCUGGCUCAGCUGCUCCCAGGGUUGGGCACUCUACAGUCCUUGAACCUCAGUGAGAACGGCUUGUCCCUGGAUUCGGUGUUCAUUUUGACCCAGUGCUUCUCAACUCUGCAGUGGCUUUUCCACCUGGAAGUCAACUCUGAGAGCCAGCACGUCGUCCUGAGAGGUGACAGAAGAGGCAGGGAUCAGUUGGCUGGUGGACCUUUGCCAGAGUUCCCAGCGGGAGCCCGGUUCUCCGCGUUUGAUCAGCGCUGCAUCCCCAGGAGCGUCUGCCUCCGGCAGUGUCUGCUGGAGCCCUUGAGCCUCACCCACCUCUGUGAGACUCUGGAGAAGUGCCCUGGGCCUCUGGAAGUCAAGUUGUCCUGUGAGGUCCUGAGUGACCAGAGCCUGGAGACCCUGCUGAACCACUUGCCCCGGCUCCCCCAGCUAAGCCUGCUGCAGCUGAGUGAGACAAGGCUGUCCCCAAGGAGCCCCCUCCUGCUGGCCGACCUCUUCAGCCUGUGCCCGCAGGUUCAGAAGGUGGAUCUCAGGUCCCUGUAUCACACAACCCUGCACUUCAGGUCUAGCGAGGAGCAGAAAGGCGAGUACUGUGGGUUCACGGACUGUGCCCUCAGUCGGGAGCAUGUGGAGCCGCUGUGUUGGUUGCUGAGCAAAUGCGAGGACCUCAACCAGCUGGACCUCUCAGCAAACCUGCUGGGUGAUGACGGGCUCCAGUGCCUACUGGAAUGUCUGCCUCAGUUGCCCAUCUCCGCUUCUCUUGAUCUGAGUCACAACAGCGUCUCCGUGGAAGGUGCUCUGUGCCUGGUGAAGACUCUCCCCUCCUGCCCACGCGUCCGGGAGGCCUCCGUGAACCUGGGCUCUGAGCAAAGCUUCUGGAUCCACUUCUCCCGACAAGAGGAGGCCGGGAAGACAUUACGGCUGAGCCAGUGCAGUUUCAGGCCAGAGCAUGUGCCCACACUGGCCACCGGCCUGAACCAGGCCCUGAAGCCGACAGCGCUCACGCUGACCCAGUGCUGCCUGGGCCUGAAGCAGCUGACUGUUCUCCUGAGUCUGGUGAGGUGGCCCGUGGGACUGUUCAGUCUCAGGGUGGAGGAACCAUGGGUAGGCAAAGCCGGGGUCCUCGCCCUGCUGGAAGUUUGCACCCAGGCCUCAGGCAACAUCACGGAAAUCAGCAUUGCCGAGGCCCAGCAGCAACUCUGUCUCCAGCUGGAGUUUCCCCGCCAGGAGAACCCAGAGGCCGUGGCCCUCAGGUUGGCUCAUUGUGACCUUGGGACCCACCACAAUCUUCUUGUCUGGCAGCUGAUGGAGACAUGUGCCAGGCUGCGGCAGCUCAGCUUGUCCCAGGUGAACCUCUGCGACACCAGCUCCCUGCUGCUGCAGAGCCUCCUGCCGUCCCUCUCUGAGCUGAAGACAUUCCGGCUGACCUGCAGCUGUGUGAGGUCCGAGGGCCUGGCCCACCUGACAUCCGGUCUGAGCCACUGCCUCCACCUAGAGGAGCUGGACUUGUCCAACAAUCAAUUUGGCGAGGAGGGCACCAGAGUGCUGAUGGGGGUCCUCGAGGGCAAGUGCUGGCUGAAGAGGCUGGACCUCAGCCAUCUCCCCCUGGGCGGCUCCAUCCUGGCCGAGCUCACUCAAAGACUGAGACACAUGACCCUCCUGCAGAGCCUCCGUCUGAGCAGGAACGGUGUUUGUGAUGUCGGCUGCCACCCCCUUUCCGUGGCUCUCAGGGCUGCCACCAGCUUGGAGGAGCUGGACUUGAGCCACAACCAGAUUGGAGACACCGGUGCCCAGCUCUUAGCUGCCGUCCUACCGUGGCUGCCGGAGCUCAGGAAGAUAGACCUCUCAGGAAAUGGCAUUGGCCCAGCUGGGGGAGCGCAGUUGGCAGAAUCUCUCGCCCUUUGCAGGCACUUGGAGCAGCUGAUGCUUGGCUGCAAUGCCCUGGGGGAUGCCACAGCCCUGGGGCUGGCCCAGGGACUGCCUCAACACCUGAGAAUCCUGCACCUGCCAUCUAGCCGUCUGGGCCCAGAGGGGGCGCUGAGCCUGAGCCAGGCCUUGGAUGGGUGCCCAUAUGUGGAAGAGGUCAGCUUGGCAGAGAACAGUCUGGCCAGGGGGAUCCCACAAUUCUGUCAGGGGCUCCCACUGCUCAGGCGGAUAGACCUGGUUUCAUGUGAUAUUGACGACCACACUGCCAAGCCCCUCGCUGCCAGCCUGCUUCUCUGCCCGGCCCUGGAAGAAAUUCUGUUGUCCUGGAAUGUGCUCGGGGACGAGGCGGCUGCCGAGCUGGCCCGGGUCCUGCCGCAGAUGGGCCGGCUGAAGAGAAUGGACCUGGAGAAGAAUCGGAUCACAGCUUGUGGAGCCUGGCUCUUGGCUGAAGGGUUGGCGCAAGGGUCUGGCAUCCAAGUCAUUCGCCUCUGGAACAACCCCAUUCCCCCCGACACGGUGCAGCGUCUGCAGAGGCAGGAGCCCAGGCUGGACUUCGCUUUCUUUGACAAGCAGCCGAAAGCCCCUUGGGGUACUUGAUGGCCCCCUCAAGGUACUUCGAAUACAGCCAAGUGAAGCCAGCUUCCACCCACCAGGACUGAGGGCUCGGGAAAAGAGCCGCAGCUGGGUCCCCCUGUAUGCUGCCCUAGGAGGACGGGGCCUAUUUGUCUUGCUACAGUCUUCAAGAAGGGCCCAAAGCCUGGUGUGGCCAAUAGACUACCCUGCAUCACAUGUGAUAUUCAUGAGCAGUCAGGGACAUGUCGCACAAUGAGAGUGUCGUGAUGUGAUGGGUGACACAGGUCGCCCGUGGCAGAAUUCUAUGCAGCGUUGCAUAGAGCUUGCGGUGUGGCCUCGGGGUCAGUGUCAUGGGUCCUAGCACCACACGUGGCAGGACAUAUGAUUUGUGGCUCAUAGAUGGCAUGUGCUAGCUGCUCAUAUCGUAGGAUAUGUGCUGGCAGGAUACCCUCAGACUGGUACAAAAUCUAAUUUAUUACUUUUUAAAGGCAAGUAUGUAUUUAUAUAUUGCAUUUCCAGAGCAUCUAAGCUAGGGAAUGUCCUCCACCCAGAACUGGGGAUGGGGAGAGGUGUCCAAGCACUGAUCAGCCCAGUGGCCUGAGAACCAAGCCAGGGACUCAGCCCUGAGGCUUUUGGAUGAGUCCCCUCCCGCCUCAAGCCUCAGUUUUCCCAUUUGUGAAUGGGAUGACUCCCUCCUCUUAAACACUGGCUUCCAAGGACUUUGGGCCCAGGGCUAGGUACAGUCCGUGGGAAUGGACAGGCCUACUCUGACCUAUGUAAGGGAAGAAGCCAGGUCUAAGGGUGUGGGGAUAGGCACUACCAAGAUAAUCAGGCAAGGCCACUGGGUCCAGUCACUACCUCAGCAGGAUCCGGGUGAGUUCCCAGGGGCUGCACGUGCUACGAAAUAUUCUUGUUGCUUCCAAGGAUGGCCCUGCUACACUGUAAGCCAAAUUUGACCAAUAAAUAUGGAUUGUGUUAACAGCC